AGUAUCUUUUGGCGAGUGGCGAGGUGCAGGCGGCGGCAGAUAACGAGUACUGCGAAUCUCGAGCGUCGGAACUCCGCUUAUUACCUACUGAAUACGACACAAAAGAAACAAGUUGCAAACAUCGGUACCCUUCAACAUGAAUCUUAAGUCAUCAUUAGGAUAUUCCAGCGAUACGGAUGCGGUGAAUGAUACCCUUAAACAGAGCCACUUCGCACCAGCUUACAACGGCAUCACGUCGGACAAGCGGCCUAGCUCGGCCGUUGCCGAGGACACCCCGCUGGUGCCACCGGACUCCGGAGGCUACUCCACGCGACAGCGGCGCCUUCUGGUCGGCAUGAACGUCGUCAGUGUGCUGAACGGCUCGCUGAUGGCGCUGAUGAUCCCCUUCUUCCCGGUGGAGGCUUCCCGACGAGGCGUCUCGCAGACGGCCAUCAGCGGCGUGUUCAGCUGCUUCGCGCUCACCCAGGUGGUGCUGUACCCGCUGGUCGGUCCGCUGGCGCUGCGUUUCGGCGUGACGCGCCUCUACAACGCUGGGAUCGCCGUCGCCGGCGUCUCCACUGUGGCGUUCGGGCUCAUCUUCUACAUCCCGGGCAGCACCGGCUUCAUCGCGGCAUGCUUCGUGGCGCGGAUGGUGGAAGCAGCCGGCACGGCGGCCGUCUCGGCCUGCUCCUUCACCAUCAUCGGCAACCAGUUCGCCGAGCGGACCAGCUCGGCUGUGGCGAUGGUGUCGGCUGCCCAGUCGGUCGGCCUCUCCGUGGCCCCGGCCGUCGGCGGCGGUCUGUACGCGGCGGCCGGCUUCGGACUGCCGUUCUACGUCCUGGGCGCCGCCAUGAUUGUCACAGCGCUCAUCAACGCCCAGUUCAUGCCAGCCGUAGUGAAGCAGGACGACGCCCCCGUGAAUCUGCUCCGCACAGUCCGCCUAUUCAUCGGCUCAUACGAGAACUGGCUGUGCAUGGUGAUCGUGUUUAGCUACACGGUGGCGUUCGUCACGUUCUCGUCUUGCGCGGCGCCUUACGCGGACGCCGUGCUGGGCAUCACGCCGGCAACUCUCGGCCUCUACUUCACGGUGGCGGCUGGCUCGUACGUUGUCACCAGCUUCCUGUGGGCGUGGCUGGCCGAGCGUGCCGCAAACCCGUACCCGGUGAUGGCGCUCUGCGUGCUGAUCGUGGUCGGCAGCCAGCUGCUGAUCCCACCAGCCCCGUGGCUCGGCCUUCAGCCGCGCUGGUGGCUCUUCGGCCUAGGCAUGACGCUCCAGGAGGCGUUCUACGGCGGUGCCUACAUCCCCUGCUUCCAGCUGAUGAUGGCCGCCACGCUGCGCACCGGACUGCCCGACGACCUGCGCACGCAUGCCUUCAUCUCCGGCGUCUACUGGAGCAUGUACUCGCUGGGUACCGUUGUUGGCCCGUUGGUAGGCGGCGUGCUGGUCGACGCUUUCGGCUUCCCACUGAUGAUGACGGUCAUGGCGGGGGAGACUCUGCUGGUAAUGUUGUUGACCGCUGCCCAGGCCGCUGUCCGUGCAUGUGAGUAGAUCAGUGUCCGAUAGGGAAGCAGUUAAUUAUCUUGCCUUUUACGAUAUUACACCUACCUAAUAUAUUCCGGCCAACCAAGGCCGGCUAACACAGCAUUCAGCCUGAG